CAACUUUAACAUGGAAUAAUUUAUGGAUUUCUUUUUUUUUAAAGAAGACUAAGAGAAAAAGAUGUUUUAUAUGACACAUUCUACCAGUGUUCCAAGUUUCAAAGUGUUUCGUUAAUGAAAAAUGUGGCCCCCGUUUUAAAAAAGAUCCUUAUUCCGUGACAGGUAUUCAUUAGUACAAGUCAGGGUCAGGAAGAGGCCUAGUUCAUACACAUCCACAUUGUUAAAUAUCAUAUAAUUUGUGAGAGUGAUAUGACACACACAUCCGGACAAUUAUAACACUACAAACAUACACAGAGACAUACACACAUACUCACGUGCACGCACACACCACCCUGAUCAACACAACACACACAAACAUACAUAUACACACACGGGAACAAGCACAUGCACACACGCAGCACUCUGACAAAUACGAAUCACGCACACACACCUGCACACAUAUAUACACACAUAUAUACACACCACCUUGCUAAAUAUAAAACACACACAUACACAGACCCAUACAAAUGCAGACACCAUACUGAACUCUAAGACCAAUCAAAAUUCACCACACACAUACACCAAGUACAUAUACACACACACAGAACCAUGCACGCACACACACAAUCUUGAACUCCAGUCGAAAAACCACCAAACCAUGACAGACAAGCCCAGAAACGAAAAAUCCCUUUGCUCUCACAAACUAUUCGAAGUUAGAUAAUGUGAAUGCGCCCUCCCAACAAACUUCUCACACUAUUGCUAAAAAUAGCAACGAUCAUUGCGAAACACACAUACAAGACUAAAGAUGAAGGUGACAGGAAUGAUACUUAAGCAAGUAUUCCUUAUUGGAUGGACCAUUUCCAUUUGCUGGAUGUUUUAUAGUUUCCUCUACUUAAACAACACUGAAACUUUCAAAGUUCCAUCAAAGGAAUGCAAUUUAGAAGCUUGGUAUCUACAAAAUAAAACGUUUGAGAUCAACAGUUUUAUGCCGAGUAUAUUUUCAUUUGGAAAAUGGACAUAUUUUCAUAAAAGAGCAAAUGCAUUUAAAAAUACAAAAAUUUUUUUUAGACCACAACCCCAAAAAUCAAAGGUUGAUCCAUGGUAUUAUCAACACCAUGUACCAUAUCAACAUAAUUUUUAAAAAGUUAUUA